AUGAAUCCGCCAAUCCGCACGGCAGUCCUCGGUGGCAGGCUCUCCAAUGCUUGGUCACCCUUAGCCAUCGGCGCCAACUCUCCAAUAUCAGUGGCAGGAUACCAGCAUCAGCCAUGCCGCCGGUCAGCACUAAGACCAUCACCGCUCAAGCAACAGCCCAUACGAGCUUCAAGCUGCGCUACAACAUACAAGUCGCCAGCGCGUCCAGCUUCUUUGUCCUCAAACACAUGCAGAGCAACUUAUAACCAAUCUUCCACCAACAAUUCUACCCUCCUAUCAGCUAUCCGGCGUUCACAGUCAUGCCCCGGGCUACGGCGAAAUACAUCUACCUCCACUCAAACUGCGUCAUCCGGCAACCACCACACCAAUACUGUGGAUACCCCCGUGAAACUUGACUGGAAUACCUUUUUCCAGCUCCGUGCCUCCCGCCGGAAAUAUUCCCUUAUAUCUUCUGUUCUCGCUGCGUUCACAACCACCGCUGCCGGUGGCCAGAUCCUAGCUACUCAAAACCUAGAGAAUUUAGGCGCACAGAUUAUGGGCUUUGAUCCAUUGAUCGUUCUUGGCCUGGCUACUGCUGCCUCAGGCGCAUUGGGCUGGCUGGCAGGUCCAUUCUUAGGCAAUGGCCUCUGGGGACUGGUUUACCGGAAGUAUAAGAGCGCGGUUGCUAUUAAAGAGAAAGAGUUCUAUAACAGGAUAAAGCGCUUUCGCGUUGACCCCUCAGCCAAUUCGUUUGCUAAUCCUGUGCCAGACUACUAUGGAGAAAAAAUUGGCAGUGUCCAGGGAUACCGACAGUGGCUUAAAGACCAACGGGCGUAUAACCGGAAAAAGCGAAGAUUUGUCUAG